AUGGAGGAUGAUCGUGCUCUUGUCGAUAUAGGCACAGCUGCCGACAUCGAGGAAAGCCACACAUCUCAACCUACCUUAAAGCAGCCAAAGAAACGCUUUGUGGGAAAGAGAGCAGCGGGUGAAGCCACUUCAGCCAGCUCUAGGAAUGGCUCAGUAGAUCAAAGCGGUGCUAUCCAAGUCGCUCAGCCACGAAGGGCACCCAGACUGCUCAAUCAGGUGCCCCGUGAGAUCCUAAACGAUGAGGCCUUGAAGGCCGCAAUUUCUCUCCUCCCAUCCAAUUACAACUUCGAGAUACCAAAGACAAUUCACCGUAUUCGGACCCUGGGAGCAAAGAGAGUAGCCCUUCAAAUGCCGGAAGGUCUCCUAAUGUUCGCCACUACUAUUUCCGAUAUCCUCACCCAGUUCUGUCCCGGAAUUGAGACAUUGAUCAUGGGAGACGUCACCUACGGGGCUUGUUGCAUUGAUGACUAUACUGCGCGAGCUAUGGGAUGCGAUUUGCUGGUCCACUAUGCUCACAGUUGCCUCAUCCCCGUCGACGUCACAACGAUCAAGACACUCUAUGUCUUUGUUGACAUUAGCAUCGACACUUCUCACUUCGUCAAGUCAGUGGAACGCAACUUUGCCCCUGGAAAGACCAUCGCACUGGUGGGCACGAUCCAAUUUAACGCCACCAUUCACGGCGUAAAGCCGACUCUGGAAAAAGCAGGAUUCAAUAUCAUUGUACCUCAGAUUGCUCCUCUUUCCAGGGGUGAGAUCCUGGGCUGCACAUCACCAAACCUCUCAACCUACACAGACCAACCAGUUGACUUGAUCUUAUAUUUGGGUGAUGGGCGCUUCCACCUCGAGAGCAUCAUGAUCCACAACCCAGGUGUUCCAGCAUACCGCUAUGACCCCUAUUCUCGCAAGCUUACGCACGAGGAGUACGGGCACGAUGAGAUGCAGGAUCUGCGGCGUGAUGCCAUCCGCGCGGCUAAGAAGGCCCGUAAAUGGGGACUGAUUCUUGGUUCAUUGGGCCGACAGGGUAACCCGAACACGAUGGCACUGAUUGAGAACAAGUUGACCAAGUUGGGCAUUCCGUCUGUCAACGUGUUAAUGAGUGAGAUCUUCCCGCAAAAACUGGCCAUGAUGAGUGACGUCGAGUGCUGGGUGCAGGUGGCUUGCCCGCGGCUAAGUAUCGACUGGGGGUAUGCCUUCCCGAGACCGUUGCUCACACCAUAUGAAGCGCUAGUUGCUCUUGAGGAAAGAGAGGAUUGGGGUAAGGGGCCAUAUCCGAUGGACUAUUACGCAAAGGAGGGUCUUGGUCGGACAAAGCCUCCUACGGUAGAAGCGAGAUAG